AUCUGAAUAUGUUUGUGUGUCUUGGUGACUUCAACCUUAGUUACAAAACUAGGAGCCUGGUCUAUUGUUUUAGUUACAGUGUAAGUUUUCUUUCCUUGAAGACUGGCUUUUCCAAAACUAUCAGAGGAGAAAGGUGGCAGUAAGAGAGAAAAACAGGGCAUAACUCAGAAACCCAAGGCGCAAUGGCAGAGGAAAAACCGGCCAUUGGUAUCUCAUAAGUAGGCUCUAUUAAUAGAAAUAUUAUGGGUGUCUUUUGUUUGAUGUUAUACAUUUGUGGCAUCUGACAUAAGGAAUUAGGUUUUCAUAGGGUGGGAUGCCAAGGAAACUGUUGAUACAAAUAGAAGAGCAGUUUGACACUGUCACUACUAGGAGAUAACUGAAAUGCAGAUUUAGGGAGGGAAAAUGGUAUGGAACAUCUCUCAAAUGUCAAAGCAAAAUGAAGGAAUGAUUGGGUUAGCAGUAAUUAUUUAAGACAUUGUGAAGACUUCUUUAGGUCCCAACCAUUUAUCUCUAAAGCAGCAUGGCUUUAAAAAUUAAAAUGGGAUCACUUUGAGAUAACUCUUUUGAUCCCAGUUUAGUCUGGAUAGAAAAUUUAAAUAGCCAAGAGGGAGAAGAAAACAUGAACCAAGAGUUCUGGUUACUCAAAAGUGGCACCAAGAUAAAAUGUAGAACUGGGCCUAACUCUCUUCUCCCUAAAAUAGUUUUGAAACUUGAGCUGCAUUCCCCUGGGAAAGAGGCUGUGAAUUCCAUUAAAGUACACAUUCCAACUGAAGUUUCCUGCCUCCUAGCUCUAAGGUCUACCAACCCCUGGGCAAACCUAUCACUCUUUCACACAAGAGGGUCAAUCAAAGCAGUCUGUGGAGAUAUAUAAAAACCAGAGAUCAUCAUGCCUUAGGGAGGUGAUGAGCUGACAGGCUGACAGAAACCAUGAAGUUCACAUUUCAAUCCAAGUUUUCCCGUAAAGCCACUGGGUGAGAGGCCCACCCGUACAUAGGCAGAGAGCAGAGCAGGGAAGACAGAAAAUAUAAGGUUGAAAAGAAUCAGGCAAGAAGGUGUUUUUUUGUGUGUUUUGUUUUGUUUUUUAGAAUUCUAAAACUUAAAGUAAUUACUAUAACCUAAACUUGCAGCGAUGUGAUAUGGCCAUGUAAACUUCUGUGGCACUGAAAUGUUACUGCGGGAAUGGUUUCUGGUUUUUAAAAAAUUACAAGAGCUCAUGAGCCGGAUAAUUAUUUAGUUUUAAAAAUCAACCAAUAUACAUCUGGAAAUUCACAAUGCUUCGAGCAUUUGUUCAGCCUAGUACUCCAGCAUACCAGCCGCUUCCCAGCUACCUGUCUGCUGAUACAGAGGUCAAAUUUAAGGGUACUUUGGUGCAUGAAGCUCAACUCAACUGUUUCUACAUCUCUCCUGGAGGUUCCAACUAUGGGAGCCCACGCCCCGCCCAUGCCAACAUGAAUGCCAAUGCAGCGGCGGGGCUGGCCCCUGAGCACAUCCCCACCCCGGGGGCUGCCCUGUCCUGGCAGGCAGCCAUCGACGCAGCCCGGCAGGCUAAGUUGAUGGGCAGCGCUGGCAACGCCACCAUCUCCACGGUCAGCUCCACGCAGCGGAAGCGGCAGCAAUAUGGGAAACCCAAGAAGCAGGGCAGCACCACGGCCACACGCCCGCCCAGAGCCCUGCUCUGCCUGACCCUGAAGAACCCCAUCCGAAGGGCCUGCAUCAGCAUUGUCGAAUGGAAACCAUUUGAAAUAAUUAUUUUACUGACUAUUUUUGCCAAUUGUGUGGCCUUAGCGAUCUAUAUUCCCUUUCCAGAAGAUGAUUCCAACGCCACCAAUUCCAACCUGGAACGAGUGGAAUAUCUCUUUCUCAUAAUUUUUACGGUGGAAGCAUUUUUAAAAGUAAUCGCCUAUGGACUCCUCUUUCACCCCAAUGCCUACCUCCGCAACGGCUGGAAUCUCCUAGAUUUUAUAAUUGUGGUUGUGGGGCUUUUUAGUGCAAUUUUAGAACAAGCCACCAAAGCAGAUGGGGCAAACGCUCUUGGAGGGAAAGGGGCCGGAUUUGAUGUGAAGGCGCUGAGGGCCUUCCGCGUGCUGCGUCCCCUGCGGCUGGUGUCUGGAGUCCCAAGUCUCCAGGUGGUUCUGAAUUCUAUCAUCAAGGCCAUGGUCCCCCUGCUGCACAUCGCCCUGCUUGUGCUGUUUGUCAUCAUCAUCUACGCCAUCAUCGGCCUGGAGCUCUUCAUGGGGAAGAUGCACAAGACCUGCUACAACCAGGAGGGCAUAGCAGAUGUUCCAGCAGAAGAUGACCCUUCCCCUUGUGCGCUGGAAACAGGACAUGGGCGGCAGUGUCAGAAUGGCACGGUAUGCAGGCCCGGCUGGGAUGGGCCCAAGCACGGCAUCACCAACUUUGACAACUUUGCCUUCGCCAUGCUCACAGUGUUCCAGUGCAUCACCAUGGAGGGCUGGACGGACGUGCUGUACUGGAUGCAGGACGCUAUGGGCUAUGAGUUACCCUGGGUGUAUUUUGUCAGUCUGGUCAUCUUUGGAUCCUUUUUCGUUCUAAAUCUGGUUCUCGGUGUGUUGAGCGGAGAGUUUUCCAAAGAGAGGGAGAAGGCCAAGGCCCGGGGAGAUUUCCAGAAGCUGCGGGAGAAGCAACAGCUGGAAGAGGAUCUCAAAGGCUACCUGGACUGGAUCACUCAGGCCGAAGACAUUGACCCGGAGAACGAGGACGAAGGCAUGGAUGAGGAGAAGCCCCGAAACAGAGGCACUCCGGCGGGCAUGCUUGAUCAGAAGAAAGGGAAGUUUGCUUGGUUUAGUCACUCCACAGAAAGCCAUGUGAGCAUGCCCACCAGUGAGACCGAGUCUGUCAACACCGAAAACGUGGCUGGAGGUGACAUCGAGGGAGAAAACUGCGGGGCCAGGCUGGCCCACCGGAUCUCCAAGUCAAAGUUCAGCCGCUACUGGCGCCGAUGGAAUCGGUUCUGCAGAAGAAAGUGCCGCGCCGCGGUCAAGUCUAAUGUCUUCUACUGGCUGGUGAUUUUCCUGGUGUUCCUCAACACGCUCACCAUUGCCUCUGAGCACUACAACCAGCCCCACUGGCUCACAGAAGUCCAAGACACGGCCAACAAGGCCCUGCUGGCCCUGUUCACGGCAGAGAUGCUCCUGAAGAUGUACAGCCUGGGCCUGCAAGCCUACUUCGUGUCCCUCUUCAACCGCUUUGACUGCUUUGUCGUGUGCGGUGGCAUCCUGGAGACCAUCCUGGUGGAGACCAAGAUCAUGUCCCCACUGGGCAUCUCCGUGCUCAGAUGCGUCCGGCUGCUGAGAAUAUUCAAGAUCACAAGGUACUGGAACUCCUUGAGCAACCUCGUGGCAUCCUUGCUGAACUCUGUGCGCUCCAUCGCCUCCCUGCUCCUUCUCCUCUUCCUCUUCAUCAUCAUCUUCUCCCUCCUGGGGAUGCAGCUCUUUGGAGGAAAGUUCAACUUUGAUGAGAUGCAGACCCGGAGGAGCACAUUUGAUAACUUCCCCCAGUCCCUCCUCACUGUGUUUCAGAUCCUGACCGGGGAGGACUGGAAUUCGGUGAUGUAUGAUGGGAUCAUGGCUUAUGGCGGCCCCUCUUUUCCAGGGAUGUUAGUCUGUAUUUACUUCAUCAUCCUCUUCAUCUGUGGAAACUAUAUCCUACUGAAUGUGUUCUUGGCCAUUGCUGUGGACAACCUGGCUGAUGCUGAGAGCCUCACAUCUGCCCAAAAGGAGGAGGAAGAGGAGAAGGAGAGAAAGAAGCUGGCCAGGACUGCCAGCCCAGAGAAGAAACAAGAGGUGGUGGAGAAGCCAGCAGUGGAGGAAUCCAAGGAGGAGAAGAUUGAGCUGAAAUCCAUCACAGCUGAUGGGGAGUCUCCACCCACCACCAAGAUCAACAUGGAUGACCUCCAGCCCAAUGAAAAUGAGGAUAAGAGCCCCUACCCCAACCCAGAAACUACAGGAGAAGAUGAUGAGGAAGAGCCAGAGAUGCCUGUCGGCCCUCGCCCACGACCACUCUCUGAGCUUCACCUUAAGGAAAAGGCGGUGCCCAUGCCAGAAGCCAGCGCAUUUUUCAUCUUCAGCUCUAACAACAGGUUUCGCCUCCAGUGCCACCGCAUUGUCAAUGACACGAUCUUCACCAACCUGAUCCUCUUCUUCAUUCUGCUCAGCAGCAUUUCCCUGGCUGCUGAGGACCCGGUCCAGCACACCUCCUUCAGGAACCAUAUUCUGUUUUAUUUUGAUAUUGUUUUUACCACCAUUUUCACCAUUGAAAUUGCUCUGAAGAUGACUGCUUAUGGAGCUUUCUUGCACAAGGGCUCUUUCUGCCGGAACUACUUCAACAUCCUAGACCUGCUGGUGGUCAGCGUGUCCCUCAUCUCCUUUGGCAUCCAGUCCAGUGCAAUCAAUGUCGUGAAGAUCUUGCGAGUCCUGCGAGUACUCAGGCCCCUGAGGGCCAUCAACAGGGCCAAGGGGCUAAAGCAUGUGGUUCAGUGCGUGUUUGUCGCCAUCCGGACCAUCGGGAACAUCGUCAUUGUCACCACCCUGCUGCAGUUCAUGUUCGCCUGCAUCGGCGUCCAGCUCUUCAAGGGAAAGUUGUACACCUGUUCAGACAGUUCCAAGCAGACAGAGGCAGAAUGCAAGGGCAACUACAUCACAUACAAAGACGGGGAGGUGGACCACCCCAUCAUCCAGCCCCGCAGCUGGGAGAACAGCAAGUUUGACUUUGACAACGUUCUGGCGGCCAUGAUGGCCCUCUUCACAGUCUCCACCUUUGAAGGGUGGCCAGAGCUGCUGUACCGCUCCAUCGACUCCCACACGGAAGACAAGGGCCCCAUCUACAACUACCGCGUGGAGAUCUCCAUCUUCUUCAUCAUCUACAUCAUCAUCAUCGCCUUCUUCAUGAUGAACAUCUUCGUGGGUUUCGUCAUCGUCACCUUCCAGGAGCAGGGAGAGCAGGAGUACAAGAACUGUGAGCUGGACAAGAACCAGCGACAGUGUGUGGAAUACGCCCUCAAGGCCCGGCCCCUGCGGAGGUACAUCCCCAAGAACCAGCACCAGUACAAAGUGUGGUACGUGGUCAACUCCACCUACUUCGAGUACCUGAUGUUCGUCCUCAUCCUGCUCAACACCAUCUGCCUGGCCAUGCAGCACUACGGCCAGAGCUGCCUAUUCAAAAUCGCCAUGAACAUCCUCAACAUGCUCUUCACUGGCCUCUUCACUGUGGAGAUGAUCCUGAAGCUCAUUGCCUUCAAACCCAAGGGUUACUUUAGUGAUCCCUGGAAUGUUUUUGACUUCCUCAUCGUAAUUGGCAGCAUAAUUGACGUCAUUCUCAGUGAGACUAAUCCAGCUGAACAUACCCAAUGCUCUCCCUCUAUGAAUGCAGAGGAGAACUCCCGCAUCUCCAUCACCUUCUUCCGCCUGUUCCGGGUCAUGCGCCUGGUGAAGCUGCUGAGCCGCGGGGAGGGCAUCAGGACGCUGCUGUGGACCUUCAUCAAGUCCUUCCAGGCCCUGCCCUAUGUGGCCCUCCUGAUCGUGAUGCUGUUCUUCAUCUACGCGGUGAUCGGGAUGCAGGUGUUUGGGAAAAUUGCCCUCAAUGAUACCACAGAGAUCAACCGGAACAACAACUUUCAGACCUUCCCCCAAGCUGUGCUACUCCUCUUCAGGUGUGCCACUGGGGAGGCCUGGCAAGACAUCAUGCUGGCCUGCAUGCCAGGCAAGAAGUGUGCUCCAGAGUCUGAGCCCAGCAACAGCACGGAGGGUGAAACGCCCUGUGGCAGCAGCUUUGCCGUCUUCUACUUCAUCAGCUUCUACAUGCUCUGUGCCUUCCUGAUCAUCAACCUCUUUGUAGCUGUCAUCAUGGACAACUUUGACUACCUGACAAGGGACUGGUCCAUCCUUGGUCCCCACCACUUGGAUGAGUUUAAAAGAAUCUGGGCAGAGUAUGACCCUGAAGCCAAGGGUCGUAUCAAACACCUGGACGUGGUGACCCUUCUCCGGCGGAUUCAGCCCCCACUAGGUUUUGGGAAGCUGUGCCCUCACCGUGUGGCUUGCAAACGCCUGGUCUCCAUGAACAUGCCUCUGAACAGCGACGGGACGGUCAUGUUCAAUGCCACCCUGUUUGCUCUGGUCAGGACGGCCCUGAGGAUCAAAACAGAAGAGGGACCCAGCCCAUCAGAGGCCCACCCAGGGGCUGAGGAUCCUUUCCGCUCUGCAGGGAACCUAGAACAAGCCAACGAGGAGCUGCGGGCCAUCAUCAAGAAGAUCUGGAAGCGGACCAGCAUGAAGCUGCUGGACCAGGUGGUGCCCCCUGCAGGUGAUGAUGAGGUCACCGUUGGCAAGUUCUAUGCCACGUUCCUGAUCCAGGAGUACUUCCGGAAGUUCAAGAAGCGUAAAGAGCAGGGCCUUGUGGGCAAGCCCUCCCAGAGAAACGCGCUGUCUCUGCAGGCUGGCUUGCGCACGCUGCAUGACAUCGGGCCUGAGAUCCGACGGGCCAUCUCUGGAGAUCUCACUGCUGAGGAGGAGUUGGACAAGGCCAUGAAGGAGGCUGUGUCCGCUGCCUCUGAAGAUGACAUCUUCAGGAGGGCAGGUGGCCUGUUCGGCAACCACGUCAGCUACUACCAAAGUGACGGCCGGAGCGCCUUCCCCCAGACCUUCACCACUCAGCGCCCGCUGCACAUCAACAAGGCAGGCAGCAGCCAGGGCGACACAGAGUCGCCUUCCCACGAGAAGCUGGUGGACUCCACCUUCACCCCCAGCAGCUACUCGUCCACCGGCUCCAACGCCAACAUCAACAAUGCCAACAACACCGCCCUGGGCCGCCUCCCUCACCCCGCUGGCCACCCCAGCACGGUCAGCACUGUGGAGGGCCAUGGGCCCCCAUUGUCCCCUGCCAUCCGGGUGCAGGAGGUGGCGUGGAAGCUCAGCUCCCAGAGGUGCCACUCCCGGGAGAGCCAGACAGCCAUGGUGGGUCAGGAGGAGACAUCUCAGGAUGAGACCUACGAAGUGAAGAUGAACGAUGACACAGAAGCCUGCAGUGAGCCCAGCCUGCUCUCCACAGAGAUGCUCUCCUACCAGGAUGAUGAAAAUCGGCAACUGACACUCCCAGAGGAGGACAAGAGGGACAUCCGGCAAUCCCCAAAGAGGGGUUUCCUCCGCACCGCCUCACUAGGUCGAAGGGCCUCCUUCCACCUGGAAUGUCUGAAGCGACAGAAGGACCGAGGGGGAGACAUCUCUCAGAAGACAGUCCUGCCCUUGCAUCUGGUUCAUCAUCAGGCACUGGCAGUGGCAGGCCUGAGCCCCCUCCUCCAGAGAAGCCAUUCCCCUGCCUCAUUCCCCAGGCCUUUUGCCACCCCCCCGGCCACACCUGGCAGCCGAGGCUGGCCCCCACAGCCCGUCCCCACCCUGCGGCUAGAGGGGGCCGAGUCCAGCGAGAAACUCAACAGCAGCUUCCCGUCCAUCCACUGCGGCUCCUGGGCUGAGACCACCCCCUGUGGCGGGGGCAGCAGCGCCGCCCGGAGAGCCCGGCCCGUCUCCCUCACGGUGCCCAGCCAGGCUGGGGCCCCAGGGAGGCAGUUCCACGGCAGUGCCAGCAGCCUGGUGGAAGCGGUCUUGAUUUCAGAAGGACUGGGGCAGUUUGCUCAAGAUCCCAAGUUCAUCGAGGUCACCACCCAGGAGCUGGCCGACGCCUGCGACAUGACCAUAGAGGAGAUGGAGAGCGCAGCCGACAACAUCCUCAGCGGGGGCGCCCCACAGAGCCCCAAUGGCGCCCUCUUACCCUUUGUGAACUGCAGGGACGCGGGGCAGGACCUAGCCGGGGGCGAAGAGGACGCGGGCUGUGUGCGCGCGCGGGGGCGACUGAGUGAGGAGGAGCUCCAGGACAGCAGGGUCUACGUCAGCAGCCUGUAGUGGGCGCUGCCAGAUGCGGGCUUUUUUUUAUUUGUUUCAAUGUUCCUAAUGGGUUCGUUUCAGAAGUGCCUCACUGUUCUCGUGACCUGGAGUUAACCGGAACAGCGUCUUCAUUCAUUUCUGUUGGGACAAGACGCGGAGCCUGGGUGCGCGAGCCGCCCUCCGGGAGGAAGGCGCCCGGCUGUGUCCGCAGACGUGGGGACAGGAGGCGGCGAGGGUCCCGGGGCGUGAGGAAGGCGCCUGCCCUCCCCAAGCCCGCAGGCCCCGGGACCGGCAUCGCCUCUGUGGGGAGAGCACCCCGGCUUCCUGCGCGCCCUCACCAAAAGGACCCUACAGCAAACGGGUGUCUUUCGACUCUGCUUGUAGAAACCAUUUGCACAUAUUCUGUACGAGCCUGCUGUCUCCCUAGAGCCAGGGCCCUGCGGAUUUGGAGAAGGGAGCCGGGCAGGACUUCCAGGAGGACCCCGCCCGGGCCCGGAGAGGGAGGAGGAGGCCGCCAGGGGCGCGGAGCUUUGGGGAUGGGCGUCCGGCCGGCGGGGGUGCGGCUCACUUCGACCCGUCCCCAUCCACCCGCGACGGGAUCGUCCCACAGGCACAGGCCACGCCGGGCUCCCGGCUCGCCGCCGGCCCGCAGGCAGCGCAAGGGAGGAGCUGCGCCGCAGGGAAGGGGCCGCCGGCUCCGCCCAACCAGGUGGUGCUGAACUUCCGCUGAGCGCUCUUUUGUUUUGUGGUUUGACACUUUUCUUGACAGCAUGUUGCAGUUUUCGAUUUUUUGGAUUUUUUGUUUUGUUUUGGUUUUGGUUUUGGGUUUUUUAUUUUUUAUUUUGUUUUCCCAGAGGGGUGGGAGGAAGAAGAGUGUUUACAAAGUCUUGUAGCCCCCUCACCUUUCUGUUUUCACUUUUGCCAACGUACAUCGGGUUUGGUUUUCUUGUGUUAUUUAAAGGAUUGUCGUUUCCUUUUCUCACGGAGGUUCAAUAGAAGCCGCUGCAGGAGAGUUUUACCAUCCAUUGUGUAUGCCCAAUAAUUUGUUAUCAUUUCCGUAGGUAGUAACCUAUUUUUGUUCUGGUUUAGUUCGGUUUUCUAAUGAAAAGGUAAUUGGCAAUGCACUUGAUGUGGUCUUGCACAUGUGGGUGAUAGAGUUGGGUUCCUUUUUAUGCUGGGUGUACAGGUGGGUUUGCGAGAGAGGAGCAUGCUCGAGAGACUCUGUGAGUGUGCGACGCGUGUGUGUGUGGUGGGUUGUCUGUGCGCAUAUGUCCUACCUAUGUAUAUGCACCCACACCAUAUGCCCGCGCACACCAGUGGCUACGCAGUCCCCCCUUUCUGGUUUAACUGUGGGAAGAUCUGAAUCUGGGGCCAUUUGAAAGCAAAAACAAACCACUGUCUCUGCUUCUGAAAUGGGAAUCAGUAACCCUUUGCAUUUUCUGUCCCACAAGAUAUGCAAAAACAAUGCAAUAAUAUUCAUUUAAAAAUACAAUUGUGAGUUGUGUUGGCAUUAAAGCUGUAUUUAAAAAAAAAAGACACAGAAAUUUAAGGGAAAAACACAAGAAGGCAUUUUGCUUCAAUAUAUUCCGUGUAAUGUUUUAUUGCAUUGAUAAUGUUUCUGUUGAAGAAACCGUUAUACUUGAAUUCAGGUCAGUUUCAGUAUUUUUCAAAUAUUUUUUUAAAACUGAAUUGCAAUUGUGCCAAGCGAAUAUAAUGAACUGAAUUAAGUUGGUUUUUGGAUUCACUUCUUGUAUAUUUUGCUGCAUGUAAAGUAAAUCAUUUUGUAUUUGGAGUGUGACAAGCUUUACCUUUGAA